AUGAAAGGCCAAAAUGAACAAAUAAUACCAGACGUUGUUCGUCCACCUCCAUCAUCUUAUUUCUUUAAGCCUGGAAAAGAUAUUGCUACUUCUGGUAAAGGGAAAAAGAUACAGAGAUUUGUUUUCAAAGGGCAAGACCUGACUGAACUUGAGAUAAGAAAAUUAGCAAGACUUGAAGAAGAAGUAAAAAAGCAAGGAAUCAUUAUCCCUGGUGAUUGGGAUAGAACUGAUAUGCUCAGGUUUUACUAUGGAACUGGCUGAAAAACAAGAAAAGCGCUGAAAGGGUUGCUCAAUCAUUUGAAAUGAAAACAGCAGAUAUUUCCUCGUGGAUACUUAGCUUUAUACCCAGAAGUAGCAGAAUUGCUUGUAAAUAUCAUAUAGAACACUGGGGCAUUUUAUAUGCACGGCAGAGAUCAUUAUUACCGGCCAAUUCUUAUAAUGAACUGUGCCAAAUUUCAGUUUAAAAAGGUUAGAUCUAUACAGGUUCCUGAUGAUGUGUAUAUAAGGUUUUUAUGCUUUUUCUUUGAAUAUGUAACGCAGAAUGUUUUGCUUCCUGAGCAUGUAGAAAAUUGAGUCAAUCUUGCUGAUAUGGCACAUCUUGGCAUGACCAAACUGCCUAUAUCUUCAUUAAGCAAACUAUCAAAGAUUUUGCAGCCGAAUUUCAGAUGUCGUCUAGGAGUGAAUUAUAUUGUAAACCCUCCAUCAACUGCUGUAUUCAUGUGGGGUCUUGUAAAGCCAUUUUUAGAUGAAGGUACCAUACAAAAAGUAAAUCUGCUUAAUGAUUCAAUACCAAGGCCCUUACUUACUCACUGCAAUCCUAAUCAAAUUGAACAGAAAUAUGGAGGAACCGCUCCAAAUUUAACUCAAUUUUGGCCUCCUACAUUCCCUUCAGGUCCAAUUUCUCCAUUUGAUGUAAAUAUUCAAACAAUCGAUGAAAAAAACACUAAAAAUAGCAGAGAAAUGAAAAAGAAACAGAAAAUCAAAACCCCCCAUAGCGAAAAUCUUGAUUUGGAAGAGGUAGUUUAUGACAACAGAAAUAAAAGUAAAGAUAAAGCUGAAAAUGAAAAUGAAAAUGAAGAAGAGAAAGAAUGGGAGGUUGAAAAGUUGAUAGAAAACGAUAGCAAGGAGGAAGAAAAGGUACUAAUUGAAGAGCAAUUUGUUGAAAAUAAAGAACAAAAGAUUUUACAAAAGAAGAAAAAGAGAAAGCAUUACAAAGAGACUAAGAGAGUGAGUGAUAAUGAGAUAGAUGUUGAUAAUGAGGCUAUAAUUCAAAAUAAAAGAGAUAAGCUUACUCCCUCUCCGUUCGCAAACAAAAUCAUUUUAAAAAUCGCAAUUUUUUGGGUAAAAGCCAUUUAUCAGCAACAAAAUUUGUUUUAGUAUAAAAAUUUUAUGAAAAUAUUUUGAUAUAUAAGUGAUAAUUGCUAUAAUGAAAUCUGUAGUGAAAUUUGUUGAAUUUAAAACAUAUUUUUUACAAAUUGAAUUAAUUUUUAACUUACAAUUAUAUUGCAGAUUAGAAAUUUUUUAAAUAAUUUGAUUCUCUCUCGGACGAGGAGUUAGCAAUUUAGUUUUUGAAGAGUAUAAAGAAAUGCAAAAAACAGAAUAUAUUGCAAUGAUUGUCGAAACAAAAACCGCAGAGCCAUAUUGUGGAAUUUGGAGCAUUCCUGAUUGUAGUUAUAGUUUCAAACUUGAAAAUUGCCAGCUGUUUUAA